CCAACCUGGAGAAUCGAAUAACACGUCCGUCUUUCGCUGCAUCACCCCACUCCUUAUUUCAUCCUAAAAUCCCUGUUUUGUGGUAGUGUUCAUGCAGUAGCUUCUCGUUACAGCGGAUUUGAUACAUUGAGAUUUGUUACUAUGAUACACCACUCGUGCCCUGUAUCAUUUGGCGUAGCUUAGACUGGGGGUUGGGGAGAAUCAGGUCUUUUGACCCCGACCGUCAUUCCCUGGAUAACGGGCACAGAGCCACCCGACAACAUCAAUUGUUGUUUCCUUUACGCCGAAAUCUGAUGCGUGUUGCUCACAUCUGCAUCCAAAUCAACAAGCCGUCGGUAUUGGGAUGUGAUGGACGACUUUCAUCAUACUCCUUGAAGAAGACAUUAUUUCAUUCGGAUCGCAAUAUUUGCUAGUUAGUUCAUCAUUCAGAGUAUAGGCUAAUAACGUUUUAUUGGAUAUGAUGGAGAGCGUGGAGAAGGAGUGCGGUGCUCUGGGUGGAUUAUUUCAGGCGAUCGUCAAUGAUAUGAAGUACUCAUACCCGGUGUGGGAAGACUACAUUGCGAAGGCCACAAAACUACACUCCCAGCUAAGAACCGCAGUGUUGGCAGCUGCAGCGUUCCUCGAUGCCUUUCAGAAAGUGGCAGAUAUGGCAACCAACACAAGAGGUGCUACCAGAGACAUCGGCUCUGCCUUAACUCGGAUGUGCAUGCGUCACCGUAGUAUCGAGGCCAAACUGCGGCACUUCACAAACGCUCUUAUGGAAAAAAUGAUCGUCCCACUUCAAGACAAGAUAGAAGAGUGGAAGAAAACCGCUGCCCUGCUUGAUAAAGACCACGCCAAAGAGUACAAGCGCUCUAGGCAGGAGAUCAAGAAGAAAUCAUCUGACACAGUUAAGCUGCAGAAGAAAGCCAGAAAAGGUCGAGGAGGGUUACAACCUCAGCUGGACAGUGCUAUGCAGGAUGUGAGUGACAUGUACCUGCUAAUGGAGGAGACUGAAAAACAGGCCGUGCGCCGAGCCUUGCUUGAGGAAAGGGGGCGUUAUUGCACCUUCAUCAGUUUCCUGCAACCUGUAGUGAACGGUGAGAUUGCCAUGCUGGGAGAAGCCACGCACCUCCAGGCCAUUAUUGAUGACCUUACUGUGUUGACCACUGACCCACAUAAACUACCAGAGAGCAGUGAACAGGUUAUUGUGGAUCUCAAGGGUUCUGAUUACAACUGGUCCUAUCAAACCCCUCCCUCUUCUCCUAGUAGUAUCGGCUCUAGGAAGAGCAGCCUUUGCAGUUUGGUGCAUUUGCCACCAGGUGGCGCCCAUCGCCUGAGCAGCGUCUCCUCUCACGAUUCUGGAUUUGUCUCACAAGAUGUCAAUAUGCAAUCCAAACCUCCCUCUCCUAUGCCGUCUGACAUCACUAGCCAGAAGUCAUCCAGUUCUGCAUCCUCGGAGGCUUCAGAAACGUGUCAAUCUGUCAGUGAGUGCGGCUCUCCUACAAUAUUCGGCUCAUCUUUUGCUACCUUUCGUCCCGCUCACUGUUUUAAUGACUCCAUCAGGGCUCACUCUUACAUUCUUCCUGCGUCCCCUUCCUAUAACCAAUCCCCGGGAUCAAACUCCCCUUCACCCACAUCAAAGGUUUCUUACUGGAAGCAAGACUGGUCAAAGGCAGGUCAGUAUGAGCAGAUGGGAGCAACCCGACAGCGCAGGACUGAGACUGCAGAGCCCUCUAGUGGUCUGGGAGGGAAUGGAGUAAUGCACUCUGAAGGGUCUUACAGGACCAGAAUGACUUCUAAAGAAAUUACAGUAAAGCAUGGUAAACCAGCAUCAUCUGCCGCCAGUGAGCUGGCUAUGGUUCUGACUCGUGGACUGAGUCUAGAACAGCAGCAGAAGAGCAGCUGUGACUCUCUGCAGUACUCAAGUGGAUAUAGCACCCAGAACACUACACCAUCAUGUUCAGAGGACACUAUACCCUCACAAGGAUCUGAAUACGACUGUUAUUCUAUGAACGGCGAUGCUGAAAACGAUGCACAGACGGACUUUGACAAAUCCUCUACCGUCCCUCGCAACAGCAACCUUGCUCAGAACUACAGACGUAUGAUCCAGUCAAAGAGGCCUGCCAGCACCGCUGGGCUGCAUGGUGGCACAACCAAUGGAAAAGGUGGAGGAAGCAGCGUCAUAUCCUCAGGAACGGCCACCAUUCGCAGAACCCCUUCUUCUAAAACAAACGUCAGACGCACACCUUCCAUCGUGGGUCCGAUCCCAAUCCGGCCACCUAUUGUUCCCGUAAAGACUCCCACUGUUCCCGACUCACCUGGGUUUCCCAGUCCUCCCCCUGAACACAACGGAAGCAAGGAAAGCGUUUAUACCGACGACUCAGAAAUUCUGGACUACAAAGGCUCUCCGAAGCGAAUGAGUCUGCCUAACCCAGCAUGGAGCACUGGAGGUAGAUUGGACAGAAGCAUCCACAUGCAACAACCUGGAGCCAUAGGGUUCAGUUCAGAAGAAGACCAGAUACUUGCAGCCAAUCGCCACAGUCUGGUGGAGAAGAUCGGAGAGCUGGUAGCCAGUGCUCAUGCGCUCGGUGAAGGACAGUUCCCGUUUCCCACAGACCCUGAGACCAGCCAGGGACAACAACAAGAACAAGAGGGGGAUGGAGAAGAUCCACUGAAGACCAUCCGGAGAGGGGUGCGUCUGAGGAAAACUGUCUGCAAUGACAGAUCGGCACCGAGGAUCAUGCGAUAGAUCAGUACCGUCUGUUCUUACACAGAGACUCAGUGAAAAUCAAGGAUAUGUUGUCAAACUAUGUAAAUUCAGUGUUAAAAUCUGGCAUCUUAACAACCAAAGGCCAGAAUCUGUGUGUUGAGUGUAUAUGGACUCAAGUACUGAUCUUGACUAUUAUUGUUGUAGGUAUAUUCAACAGACUUAUAUCUGUUUCACAGGCAUAUUAUUACGACGGACAUUUUAUGACCUUAACGGUGAGAAUGUUAUGUUUAAAAUGUGUAUUAAUAUACUAGUUACACCAGUUGUUCCUUUUGGAAAUUGUAAUGACUAUGUUCUUCAUGUUGCUUCCAUGUAACUAUGCUAUGUUAAGACGUUUCGAGAAAUUUCUCUUCCCACGUGUGUUGUAAAAAGCCAAAGUCUUGUUCUCAACUGAAAAGCUGUUUUGAAAAGCACAAGACUGCUUAUACCGCAGCUCAGACUCAGAUGGACCACGCAAUCAAACCACUGCACAUGCUGUAAACUGCCAAAUAAAGCACAUCACUUGUA